AUGAAGCGUGAAUGGUUAAAGGUUCAAUGCCAAUUUAUUAUUACACCGGCAUCGACUACCAAUUUUCAUAUAAAUAAUAAUAAUCAACAACCAGAACCAAUACAAAGCGAUGAUUAUAAUGAAUCAAUAUUGGGAAAUUCAUCAUCACCAUCCAUACAGACAUCAUCGAUCAUCAUUAAUACCUCAUCAUCAUCACCAUCAUUGUUGUUGAUGCAAAAUGAGACGACAACAAUAACGACUUUGUCGUCUUCAUUGGCGGCAACGACGACCACAGAUGAUCCAUUGGAUAGACAAGAAUCAUCAAUAGUUAUGAAUGAUGAUGAUAAUGAUAAUGUUGAAUCAAAAAUUAUUCGAUAUGAUACCAAUGGUGAUAAACUUGUCGAUGAACUAAAUAAUGCCAAUCAUGGUACUAUCAGUUUGGAAUCAAAAAAACCUGUCGUCAUGUUUGCUAUUGCUACCGAUUUACCGAAAAAUAUUAAUAAUACUCGUCAGCAAAUAUCACAUUCAUGGUCCAAAUCAUCAUCAACGGUAUUUGGUUUGCCUGAUUCAACACAUUCAUUACCGACAUUAUUUUCAUCAUCAUCUAUUGCUCAUCAUCAAACAUCACCAUCACAGUCAGCAUUACCAGCAUCAUUCAAAUUGGGUAAAAAAUUAUUUCGUAAAAAAGUAACGACCAGCAUUACGGUUUCUAAACCAAAUCCGACAAAAUUACAGCAACUGAUAACGAAAAAAGAACACGAUCCUUCGACUUUCGAAUCACCAAGGCAUAGUUAUUGGCUAUCCAAAUCGGAUCCAUCACCAUCGAAUCAUUUUGCUCAUUGGUUGAAAAAUUCGACCAUAAUGGAAAAUCUAUGGCAACAAUUACCUAGUUCAAUUCGACGACGUUCUGAUCAAUCGGCUCCACUUGUUAUAGCUCCUCCUUUAGAUGCAGUCAACGUUCCUGGUUCAAAUUCACAGACGCCUAAAUCCUGGUGGUGGGCUAGAUAUCUAGCUAUUGCUGUCAUGAAUCAUUUACAACAACAGAUUAAACCACAUUCUGUAACAAAUAAUCAACAACAUCCAGGAUCAGAAGGUGCCGAAUCAUCAAAUUCACCCGAAUAUUCACCAAUGUCACCGGAAUUUAUUGAUCUUAUAAAAUCAAUACAAACAGGUGCCGUACAAUUGAAUCAAAUCGAAUUGAUACCUGAUGGACCUCAAGAACCAAUGAAUGAGCAGUCAAUGUUUAAUCUUCAAACAGAAAUUGGCCUUCCACCGUCACAUCCUCAUUCGAAUGCACCGCAACAACAACAAGCUCAACCACAAAUGAUUCCACAGACACCACAACAAAUGUCAAUGCCAUAUGCACAAUCUCAAAUGAUAAGGCAUCCGGCUGUUUCUCCUUCAUUGAUGUCACACCCACAUUAUGCGACUCAACCAUCACAACCACAACAACAACCAAAUGGACAAAUUUAUGGAAAUCGUUUCUAUCAUCGACGAUCACCUGCAACAAUGACACCGAUGGCCAGUAUAGUUAUGCCUAAUCGAAAACUUUAUCCAUCAAGCUCACGUCUAACAUCAUCACCAUAUUCAUAUUAUGCAUAUCAACAUCAACAAUUACCACUUAAAUCGGGCGCAUCAUCAUCAUUGGCUCAAUCAACAAAUAACAAUAACAAGUACUUGAACACACAACCGGAAACAUCAUCUAACAGCACGACGGAUUUGUCCAUCAGUCAAUCACAAUCAUCAUCCGGUUCGGCUGUAACAUUCUAUCAAACACCAUCACAUCAAACAACAACAUCAACAAAUCGUAAUCAUCGAUCAUUCAUACCACCUUCAUCAUCAUCGUCAUCGUCGAACAAAUUAUCAUAA